CUCUGAGCUUCGUUCUGGACAGGAAGGACCAUGCCAGCUUUGCAAGAAGGCUGUCCUGCCACCACAGAUCCUAGUUGGAGGACGACAGGUCCACCAUCUCCUGUUCACUCAUCCAUGAAGAAUAUAAUUCAAAGAAAGAGUUUAGGAGUGUUGCCCAGCAGCCAGGACAGCAAGGUUUUGGUGAAGUCCUUUUCUGGUCCCAGCAGCUUUAACAAACCCUUCCAGAAUGUCCCCAUGGAGAACAAUCCAGCUAAACCGCGCAUUGUGACUGUUGUGAAGCCUAGUGGCCGAAAGCAGCUGAGAAAGAUAAGCAUUCUUCUUAAUCGACAUUCUGUGCAAACCUUUGAGCAGCUUGUGGCUGACAUCUCAGAAGCUCUCGGUUUGCAGUACUGGAAGAAUAAUGGAGUAAAACGGCUGUUCAGCCUCAAAGGUCGAGAAAUCAGGAGUAUUUCAGAUUUCUUCCGUGGUGAUGACAUCUUUAUUGCUGCAGGUAGGAAGACACUCACACUUACAGAUGUGCAGCAGGUCCUGCAGGAUAUCUAUCCUGACAGUCCCUAUUCCCAGAAUGCAUUGCAGCAAGACUGGGAACGUUCGUGCCAGCUGAAUUGCAGCCCCCACAGAGGAUCAGAGGUCACCAAGCAGCCCCUGAGAAGCAAUAUCCCGAGCAAAGCAGCCCUUAACCUAGAAAGAGUCCGAGCCAAAGCAAAGCAGGAGGAAAGAGAGAGAGCUCGGCGGUGGGAACAGGAGCGACUGGAUAAACAGCACCGAAGAAAUGAAAUGGUAGAGAAUAAAUUACAGCCAGAAAUCCUCUGUGACAAAUGUAGGAAAGCAGCGCAGGCCAUGUCAGAUGAGACAAACAGUAUGCCCCAGGAUCGACUGUACGAGGUCAGACGGAAGCAGAAGUGUUUUAAUGGAGAGGGACCUGAAGUUGUCCUGAAAAGCAGACGAAGAGGAUGUCACACUUGCUGGAGGAACAACAGACCAUGUUUUGAAGUCCCUGCUCAGGAAAUAAAAGACUCUCUAAAAAGUGCUGAGCUGCAUCAAGAGGUGUUGCUGGAGAAGACUUCCUCUGACAAGGAAGUGCAGGUGGACUUAACUCAGAGUACAACCCCUGUGAGAACGGCUUCUAGAGUGCAGGAGAACUCAGACACACAGCAGAGUCCAAGCCGACACAUGGCAACUCAAGAUUUUAUAGAGAGCCUCUACGAGAUUGGCCGUGUCAUUGGAGAUGGCAACUUUGCUGUGGUCAAAGAGUGCAAGCCUCAUAAUGGUGACACCAGCUAUGCCAUGAAAAUCAUCGAUAAGGCUAAAUUGAAGGGGAAGGAACACAUGAUUGAAAAUGAGAUUUCUAUCAUCAAGAAUCUCUCACAUCCCAAUAUUGUGCGACUACUGGAGGAGUAUGAAUCAGAGCAGCAGAUCUUCCUCAUCAUGGAGUACAUUCAAGGAGGAGAUCUUUUUGACGCUAUCACAGAAAGCGUGAAGUUUACAGAACACAAUGCUGCUCUGAUUAUUACAGAUCUCUGUCAGGCACUGGCCUACAUCCAUAGCAAAAACAUUGUGCACCGGGACCUGAAACCUGAGAAUCUUCUGGUUCAGCCCAAUAAAGAUGGCACCACCACUCUGAAACUGGCAGACUUUGGUCUGGCAAUGCUGGUGACAGGGCCCAUCUUUACUGUCUGUGGAACCCCCACCUAUGUAGCGCCUGAAAUUCUCUCAGAACGAGGAUAUGGAUUAGAGGUGGACAUUUGGGCUACGGGAGUCAUCCUGUAUAUUCUGCUGUGUGGCUUUCCACCCUUCCGCAGCCCAGAGAGGAAUCAAGAGGAGCUAUUUGAGAUCAUUCAACUUGGAGAGUAUGAGUUCCUGUCUCCAUACUGGGACAACAUCUCUGACAGUGCCAAAAAUCUGAUCAGCAAACUACUGGUGGUCAACCCACAGGAGCGCCACACUGCCCAGCAAGUUCUGCAGCACCCAUGGUUGCAGAUGAUAGGCAAAGUGAAUGAGCGCAACCUACAGAGAGAAGUAACUACAAAUAUUGAGAGGCAUUUUGGGACACGGCGGAGGCGCCUUGGAGGCCUAAGUGCUAAUACUAAUGAGCAGUUGGAAGAGAUGGGCACGGGGGAGAUCAAGAGUUGACUUCAACUUUAUGAUUUAAAUUGUACUCUGCCUAGAGCAGAUUUCAAAAAUGUAUUUGCCUUGACUUGACUGAGAGUCCAGAAGCCAUUAUGCAGUGAUGUACAUUAAAAUACUUUGUCCCUGGCUUUUCUCUGAAAAUUCUUGGUGAACACAAAUACAGUGGUUGUGGGAUGUGUGGCAACUGCUGCUCUCUUUCUGUGAAUAAAGAGCCAAUGCUUUCCUGCUGAGCCUUACAGAUUCUAGUCUACAUUACCUUCAGU